UGGGAGCGGCGGCGGCGGCCCGCGGAGCGGGGAAGCGAGGGCUCUGCGGGCCGCUCGGGCUGGCGUGGCCUUGGAUCUCGCUUCUGCUCCGGAGGAGGAGGAGGUCCCGGUCUGGAAGCCCAGAAACCCUUUUCCGGCCCGACCGAGGCCCUCCAGGCCGCGCCCAUGUGGUGGGAGGAGCCCGACCCCGCUCCCCGCCUGGAGGCCGGGAUUUUCCUACUCGGCGGGAGUCCUCCUUUUCCAGAGUUCCAGAAUGGAGACUGAAGGGUACCUAGAGACACAAAGAAGUAAAGAAGUCCAGAAUGAUAAAAUAGGCUCACCUUCAAAUGAGAUGAUGGCUGAGGAGCCAGAAGCUGUCCUAAUAUCGGCUCCCCAGGUCCAGGCUCCACCAGAGCACCUCGAUGCAGACUCCGUUGAAGACGUGGAGACCAUGCCACGAAGGAAUCCUCCCAAUGCGGCAGCCUCUAGGCAGAGGUUCCGGAGAUUCCGCUAUGAGGACGCAGCUGGGCCCAGGGAUGUCCUCAGACAUCUCCAGGAGCUUGCCGGACAGUGGCUGAGACCCGAUAUUCACACAAAGGAGCAGAUUGUGGAGAUGCUGGUGCAGGAGCAGUUCCAGGCCGUCCUGCCUGAGGAGCUCAGAGCUCGGGCCCAGAGAUGUCAGCCUGGGGUCAGAAUCACUGGCUAAGUCCUGCCACUGGGUUCUUGCUCAGCCUACAUGUGAGAAGUAGGCAAAUGUUCUCUUUGUUGCAAGAUCCAAGGACAGUCAUGGGGGAAAUGUGAACCUCGGUUUUUUUGAGCUUGCCUUUGACUAGUUGUAAUAAGAAUCCAUCAAAACCCAGUCUGGACCUCUCUGGCUGAGGCAGCUCUAAUUCCUGGGACUGAGCUCUAGAAAGAGCUUCUGUUAGGACAAUCAGCCUGUUGCUUGUUUUUGCUCUGCUGAAUGCCUCCUUUUUUGCACUUUCUGACAUGCUUUAAUAUAUUGUUAUGUAUCCAAAGCAGUAAUUGCUUCAACUUUCAGAAUUCUUGACUCUUGCUGUGGUGGCAUGAAUGGCAGCUUCUGUAACCCCACCAGUAACUCACUUGAGAUGUCCUUGAAAUAUUAAAGUUUGGUCCUCAA